AUGCAUGUCGACUUGGUUGGCAAGAUCGAGAUGGUGGUGGAGGAGUGCGGAGAGGAAAACGUGGAUGGUGUUUACAAGCGAAACAACAAAGUGUGGGAGUUUGGCAUCGCCUACACCAAGGGAGAUUUUACGCUCCUCUACGAGCGAGGAGGAACAAAACUUCGAAACAAACAGCUCAAGAAGAGACAAGUCGAGAGCUCUCGCUGGAUUCUCUUAAGCGACGCCAACGGAGUUCACGGCGACGAGCCCUUCUACUUCCUGCAGGGAGACUUGAGCCGCGUCUCCUCCCCUGCCUGGAGGUCCAAGGUUGGCGUCGCUCCUCCGCCUCAAGUGAAACCUCGGAAAUCCUCCAAGAAGCGCGUCAAGGACUUGGAGGAGGAAGAGGAAGAGGAAGAGGAAGAGGAAGAGGAGGACGAGGAGGACGAGGACGAGGAAGAGGAGGGAGAGGACGAGGAGGGGGAAGGAGAAGAUGACGAAGAUGAUGAAGAGACAGAGGACGACAAGAAGGCAAAGAAUAUGAAAUUCUCUGAUUUCUUUGGAGACGAAGAUGUUGGUGACUGGGGGAAGGAAGGGGAGGAAGAGGAGGAGGAAGAGGAAGGAGAGGAGGACAAGGACGAGGAGGAAGCAAAAGUGGAAAAGAAGACCAAGAGAAAGGGAGAGAGCAAGCCAUUCAUCGCAUCGGAGAGCUUUCAAGGGCCGAAGGAAGGUUACGUGUUCAAGAUGGGAAACAAAG